AUGGCUGCGCAGGCGACGACGGCGGCGGCAGCGACCGCAGCCACGACGACAGAGCAGCCCAAGCUGCUUUGGAACCCCGAAAACGUGCGAGACGUCGCCGAGUCCGUCGGCAUCAGCAACAUCUCCGAAGAGGCCCUCCGCUGCCUGACCCAGGAUGUCGAAUACCGUGUCGGCCAGGUCAUCAUCGAGUCCCUGCGCCUCAUGAGGGCGGCCCACCGCACCACCCUGUCGGUGCAGGAUGUCAACGCUGCCCUGCGCAUCCUCGACGUCGAACCCCUCUACGGCUACGAAUCUACUCGUCCUCUGCGAUACGGGGAGGCAAGCCUGGGCCCCGGCCAGCCCAUCUACUAUCUCGAGGACGAAGAGAUUGACUUUGAGAAGCUGAUUAAUGCGCCUCUGCCCAAGAUUCCCGCGAUACCACCGUGA